AUGGCGAUGAGUGCUCUACCACAGGAAACUCCAGUAGUUUUGCAAGCUGCAGCUCUCUCAAACUUAUAUCCGACAGACUCCCCGACUUUCUUUCGCGACGACAAGUUCAAUGCGAAGGUCGUAACGCUGCACUGCGUGGGCGAGAGCACAUUCAUUAUCCGGUCAGCCGAUGACGGACAAGAGUUGAUCGUUGGGGCAAAUGGUGGUUGCUACUUUGAGUCGCCCGUGCUUGGCAUCACGGAAGAAUUUCAAGUGGAAGCUGUUGCGAAUGGAUCAAUUGUGUUUGUGUCAUGUCGAACGGGAAAUGUGCUUGACUGUGACGAUAACGGGCUUCCACGAUGUGUUGACACGAUUCGCCGGGGCUGGUUCAUCUUGCAAGACGGCGGCGCCACCGAUGUUAAUGAUGAAUUGAUCGUGGAGGUAGAGCCGGAGCUGAAUCCUCCGUGCAGCCAUUGUACUACAACUUGUAGGAACAAUGAAGCCAAAGAGCGUCGGGAAUUUAUUAUGAAGUUGGUGUCUCUUGGUAAGUCGCUGGAUGAGAUCGAUGCCAUUUUGCUGCGGAUGCACGCGUGGCCUAUCGCAGAGAAUAUAAUUUCUGCGGGUCCAAGAGCUGCAAUCGUGGAAGGUGGGGUAACUACAAAAGCUAUUGCUCCAUGGCAGUAG